AUGAGAAAUGAUGAAUAGUUUCUUAGUUUCAUGGUUGAGAAUGAUGACUCUCAACUUGUUGUAGAAUCUAAACUCUUUAAAGACAACGAUGAUGACUAUUUCAAGUCUCUUAGCAAAUAGUUUUAUGGAUUCAAAUCUUAGGAUGGUAUAUAAUUCAGUUUGUGAACUUUCAUAGUUAAGAAGCAAUUGAAAAUAAUUAAAUCUGCUGGAGAUUUAAAAAUGAAACUAUCCAAUACUGCUAAUUUGAAUAAUGUCUUAAAACCUUUUUCUAUUAGCUAUUAACUGCAGUAGGUACUACUCAAUAUUUUUAUCUGUUUUAGCAAAUUCAUAAACUUUUAAGUAAACCUAAACCAUAAGGCUCAAGUUUAUCAAGUUCAUUCAAAACUAAUCAGAAAAUGAAUUAAAUUAAGUUAACAUAUUAACAGCUCUAAAAUAGAAAAUUACUUAUUCCAAAAAAUGAAGAUUCUAACAUCUUAACACAAAAUUCCUAUAGAAGUACCCUCAAUACAAGCACAAAGAGUUAACCAAAAAAAGAUAAAGUCUUAGAUUUGUAUUAAAUGAAAUUAAAAACAGAGAGAAGUGUUGAUAAACCAAAAAUUAUGAAAGUCCUCAAAAGAAAUAAGAUGCAUUGA